UCAGUUGGUACCAAGGAGUUUACAGUUCUAAACUCCUUGGUUGGUACCAAAAUAAUCAGUCAUACUGGACUGCAAUGGUGUGAGGCGCACGAGUAUUCGUUGAUUGGAGCUGCGAGAAGUAUUUUCGUCAGUGUUUGCCCUCUUGCCUUGCAUUUCUGUCUUAGAUAAAAGUUUAACUGGAGGAUAGAAUUAACAUGAUAAAUAAUAUUAUAAUUUAUUAUCAUUGUAUGUGUUGAAAGGGGCGUUAAGCCAUCCCAUACAGUUUUCCAAAAUAUUGAAUCAUUUCCCUCUAUACAGAUUUUUUUACUUAUUUAUCAGCGCUCUUCGUGCGAAGAAACCCCUUUAGUUCCGUAUACCGGAUGUUUGGGUUCCUUGGAAACAAAAUGGCCGCACCAUGGCUUUUGAAUGCAGUGGUGUCCGAUUAACAGAGUUUUCCUAUGUUAUCCAUUUUUACUCUCAGUCGGGUAGUCAAUAGUGAAGUUAUUGCUGGAAUGAAAUGAAUAGGACCAUGCCAAGUGAACAUGGGACAGUUUAUUCUGACAGCAUUGGCUUUGACCAUCAGUUCGGGGGACCGGCACCACACUCUGGUAGACCGUCCAGCGCGCUGAACAACUCAAACAGUCACAACCUGAGAUGGGGACACCGGCCUAAGUCCACCCCGAUCUCCGCCAGUCCCCGCCACGGCCCAGGUUAUCCCGCCUCCAAGAUCUCAAGGCCAAAGACAGCAGCGGUCAUCCUCGGGCGGACAGACUGUGACCGGGUACAACAGCUGGAGCAUGAGCCAACGCGACGGCACAAUCUGGAGAACCACCUGCCCCCGAAGAGAACAAAACCGCCGCCAUGGCAGAAAAAUCUGGAGACUCCACUGGUUCCCUUUGUGGUGGGGCCCGGCUACAUCCUGUCCAGAAGCAAGACCAAGUGUCAUGUGACCAUCAAGGACGAGUUCUUCGAUCCGAUCUUCGAGGAGAAUAAUAAAAAAAAGCCACAGGGAGACCCAGAGAGAUUUUUUCGCAAGUCGGUCUACUAUUCUGAAGAGUUCCUCAAGGAUAAAGUUGACCAGAUGACCUCCACCCAUCAGGAACAUGUGCGGGACAUGGACUUGGAGCACCGCGAGGACAUGCUGAAACAGAAGCGACAGAUGGAGGAGGACCACAGAGAGGCACAGGCCUCCCUGGAGAAACAGAUCGCUCGAAUGGCCAAGGAGAUAGAAUUCCUACAGGGGGCGUUUGAGUCGUACAAGAGCACGCUGCACAUGGAGACUGCCGACAAGUGGAACAGCCGAGAGGCCGAGCUCAAGCAGAAGUGUGCCGACGAAAAACAGCAGGCGUUGCACGAUCUCAAGAUGCGACUGACCAAAGAACGGAACCAGGAGAUGGCGAGCACGAACAGAGAGCACUCGAAGGCCAUGGAAGCUCUCCGUAAGGAGAACAAGAGGGAGAUGGAUAGCCUGAUACGCAGAUUUUCUAAUGCUGCUGGUGAUAUAGAAAAAUUACGGAAAACAACAGCAGAAUUAGAGGAGACCAAGUCCGAGCUGGAUCAGCUGAAGGAGGCGUACAACGAGACCUGCAUCAAACUGACCAGUACCACGAGAAUGCUGACCGAUGCGAAAGUGCGGCUGAUGGAUUUUGAGGAGAGGUUUCAGGAGAGGGUAGCGCAAGUGGAUGACAAGUACAGACAUAAACUGGAGGAACUAAUGACACAGAACACUGAACUCAAGCGCUUGUUUGUCCAAAAAUGCGGAGAACUGUUUGAUGAAAAAUCCAAUACAGACAACCAGACUUCCCAGAGGGUGAAGACAGCCAAAGAAGCGAUGGAGACACUGAUCAAAUCCAAACAACGUGCCAAUGUGAACCUAGCUGUGGGCGGUCCGCUGGACAAAAUACGUGGCGGGAAGACACGCCCCCUGAGUGCCCCCGGCACACGCAGCGAGACGCACAAAGCUCACGUGACUGCUGGAGAGACGGACGCCCAUCCCACGAAGCGCGAGUUCAUACCACCUGAUGUGAAUGUAGACUCGAACCCAGAGACAGAGGAGAUGAGGGCAGAGCUGUUCUCAGGCCCUGUCAGGGAGCUGAGCAAGGAAGAGCUACUCAAGUCUAUGUCGGAGUUUUGAACGAAUGUUUGUUUGUGUGUGUGGUUUGUGUAUUAACGUGUGUGUGCACUUGCAUAUGGUCACUCUUAAGGACAAGCAGGCUAACCAAGAUUUCGGGGGUGUCCUGAAACCUUGACCUACACUAACAGUGGGCAUUGC